UAUCUUGUUAAUAAGAAUUUUUUUGCAAGUGAGAAACAAAACUUUUACUGUCACUUAAAAGUUUAAUAUAUAGACUGGUUUAUUGUUUUUGUAAAAGUUAGCAUCCAUGCAUUGUUUCCUAAUUUAUAUUCUAUGGAACCUUGCCAGUAAGAGAAGCUUGCUAGUCUUGGACCUUAAGGUAACUAGCUGUGUAUUCACCAUAGAUAACAAAGUGGUGUUGAACCCAUUUCUUUGGGCUCAGAGUUCUCAGCAUUAAUUAUAGUAAAUCUAAAUGAUAUUCAGGCAUUUUUUGACAACAAAAUACAGUGGACCCCCGGUUUACGAUCAGCUCCCAAUGCGACCAAUUAUGUAAGUGUAUUUAUGUAAGUGCAUUUGUAUGUGUAUGUUUGGGGGUCUGAAAUGGACUAAUCUAAUUCGCAAUAUUCCUUAUGGGAACAAAUUUGGUUAGUACUGGCACCUGAACAUACUUCUGGAAUGAAAUAAUAUCAUAAACCAGGGGUCCACUGUAUCUAGUUGAUAAAUUAGACACGUGCAACACUUGGGUAUCUUUACACGUGUUGCACAUGUGUGUAAUUUAUCAACUUGUCGGUUCUCUGAACCAUUACUCUACAAAAUAUCGAGUACUGCACUAUAUUUACAUUGAAUUUUUUAUUUCAUUGUAAUAGGGAAUAACAUACUAUAUUAGUCAAGCUACUUUUAGAACAGUUAAUAGUGAUGGGACAGUAUUUAGCAAAAGUUUUACUGAUAGUAUAAGUACUCAGUUUUAUACCAAUACUGAUACCACCAGUAUUUUUUUGGGUCACUCAGCCUCAGUGGGAAACGGCCGACAUGUUGGAAAAAUAAAAGGACUGAUACCAUCAAAGUUAGAUGAUACCCACUGUUCGAUACUUUGGGACACCCUUAAUAGUUAAUAUGGAUAAGUGUAAUUGUAGUUCAGAAAGAUUUCAUCCUGAUAUUUUCAUAGUUACUAUGUAAUAUUGUAAUAAAACAUUGCUCAUGAAUUUAAGGCUUUCAUAUAAGCACUGGAUUUUUGGGCUACAAUGAAGUGUAAUUUUUUUUGCUGUUAGGCUAUUAAAAUAAGAUAAUAAUUUCUUUGGAUUUUUAACUUGGAGAGUUAGCCACCCAGGAUAACCCAGUAAAGUCAGUGCUUGUCUUAUUUCCAUUGGUGUCCUUUAAUUUUGUCCGCCAGGAUGCGACCCACAAUGGUUGGCUAACACUCAGGUUCCUACUUACUGCUAGGUGAACAGAGGCAACAGGUGUAAGGAAACAUACCCAAUGUUUCCAUCUGUGCCAGGAAAUGAACCCCAGGCACUCAGAAUGUGAGCUGAGUGCACCAUCAACCAAGCCACAGUUACAAUGCCUUUUAAGUUGCGACUAAAGAAGACGAGGCAUUAUAAUGUGUUGUCCCGCAAUGUGCUUGUCAUCAGUGUAGAGCUCCUGGACAAGACCACCCUAGAGUGUACACUUUCAGCUGACUCAACAGGACAGGAUUGUCUACAUAAUGUUUGCCAGAGGCUCUCACUGCAUCAGCCUGAAUUUUUUGGUCUUCGUUAUAUGAGCAAGAAACCAUACCCAAAAGUACGAUGGGUAGAAUUGGAUCGUCCUUUGAAAAAGCAGCUUGAUAAAUAUGCUCAGUCUCCAGCUCUUGCUUUAGCCGUCCUGUAUUAUAUCCAUGAUGUUUCUCUUUUACAAGAUGAUGUUACCAGAUCACACUACUUUUUGCAAGUUAAACAAGAUGUGUUGGAGGGCAAACUUCGGUGUAAUCAUGAACAAGCUGUCCUCCUUGCCUCAUACAGCCUUCAGGCUGAGUUUGGAGACCAUCAGCCAGAUCGCCAUACCGCCGAAUACCUCAAGGAUUUUAUGCUCUUUCCCAAGCAGCAGGUGGGAAGUGAUGGGGAGGUGGCAGCUCUACUGGAAGCAGUGGUGUGGCAGUAUUCCUCCCUUCAGGGCCUGGCACAGGCCUUGGCUGAGACCUACUAUAUUCUCGAGGCUCAGCGCCUUGAUGGCUAUGGACAGGAAACCUUCAUGGCCAGGGAUGACCGAGGUAGCGAGGUGUACCUUGGCACAUCACUUAUGGGCAUAGACGUUAGACCUGCAGCUGGCCAUACCCACAUUUUCUAUAGGUGGAAUGACAUAACAAAUUUGGUGAACAAUAAGCGUAACUUUGGCAUUGAGUGUCAACGAACAGAUGAAACUGUUCACUUCACUUUCGAUGAGCCUGAUGCUGCCAAAUAUGUAUGGAAGAUGUGUGUUAAACAGCAUACCUUUUAUAAGAGGAAUCAGGAGGUGCUAGAGGGAAGCAGUAGCACAGAAACCCGCAGUCUAGCCAUCCCUGACCUACAGAGCUCUGUCAUGACUGCACAGCUUCAUCACUCCCACCACCUCAGUGCCUCACAUGACAUGGUGGACAAUCGUGGUGGACUGGGAGAGCUGACUAUGAGAAGUUCUGCAGAUCAGGGAGCUCUGGCAUCCUACACUACUUCUCUGCCUCAGUUUGACAUGUCUUACAUACAGCCAGCAGAGUCAAGCGGUCACUUGGCUGCAGCAGUAGAGUCUUCCAGUUCACAGAUAAUGAGUGACCCUUCAUAUGGCAUGUUGUCACAGUCAGCAUACUCCCUCAACACUACUCACCAUCCCCAACAGAACCAGGUCGUCAUAGCAUCACAUGGUCAAGUUUCGCAGCCAUCUGCUUUGCAACAGCAGCAGUCUCAACAGCAACAGCUGCGUGAGGGAGGGAGUCAGCAAGUGGCUCUGUAUGCUUCCAAUCUAAGUCUUCCAUCAGCCAGAGGGAGCUUUAGAAGGAGCCUACUGCCUCAGUACCGGCCAGCACCAGACUAUGAGACUGCAUUGAUACAAAAGUAUGGCCCAGGAGUAAACCCUGCUAACAUCCGAGCAACCAUGCUGUAUUCUUCUCAGCCAGAGAUAUCCAGUAGCCAUGUAAUGGAAGGGACUGCACAUGAAUUGUCAACACCAGCAGGAGGAGUGAGUAACUACAACCACUAUAAAGGUUACACUCACUUGUCUUUACAUCCCGACCCAUCCAUACCUCAGCUCAGCAGAUCGGCAGGAAUACUCAUGCCUGGACCUCUUCACAAUACAUACAGCACCCCAGAGUUAGCCACACCGGCUGGGGAGCUAUUAGAAGGCAGUGAUAGUGGGAGAGAUGCAGCUCAUGAUCAGGAGCAUGAGCUGCUUCAUGUAUACAAGCCACCACCUCCAUAUCCCUACAAUAAACCCUCCAGUAAUAGCACCCCAGAUCUGGCCACGAUCAAUCAGGGUGGAAAUAUGAGCCCGGAUCUUGCUUCAAGACGGCGAGCACUGUUAACAGCUUCCUUAGGUUGUCUUGGCUCACCUGAUCUCUCACGCACAUAUGAAAAUUUAGCAGAUUUGAGUGAAGCUGUCGAGAGUCUUCGCAAUGAAUUAACAAGAACAACAGAAACAGGAAACUCAAUCUUCCAGUCUCUCCAUAAUUUUAGUCACAAUUACUCUUGCAAUGACCUUGAUGCAAUAUAUCAACUUAGUGAUGGACGUGUAGCCCUUGGAACAAAUAUUAACCUUACUCCAGUUUUCACAAGUGACCAGGCUUCCCAGCAGUCUCAACAAAAACAGUCAGGAGCUGCAACACAGUAUUCAACUUCAUCACAUUAUGGAUCGCAGUUUACAUCACAAUACACAGAUCCUCAGUACCCUGGGGGAGUGGUGCAAAACUCACAAGAACAUUAUCAAAAUAUUGCUGCCUUGAGAACUGAUGAAGCUCGUGAGCGUACACGCUCGGCUCCAGAGAUUGAUAAUAAUCCAAUGAGUGUGGUUGGACCAGGCCAGGGAAGUCAUUUAAUAGGUCAAUUAGGGGGUGAAGAAGGAGGGAGAAGCAGGGCACUCUCACAGCCAGUCAGACAGUCAGCAAUAGAUCCCCAAAUUUAUAUUGAGAAUCGCUUAGGAGAGCAACAGCGAGGACUUGAAGCAAUUAAUACAGCCAUGGGGCAGAUACCGGUGUUUAGUGCACAGCAAGAAUUACGCCAUAACCAUCAUCAUCAUCUGCAGUUGCAGCAGCAAAUGCAAGCAUUGUCCAUACAACAGCAACAAAAGCAACAACUACAGCAGCAAUUACAACUGCAACAGAAGGAGCAGCAAAUUCAACAACAGAAGCAAAUGCAACAAAAGAAGGAACAGCUUCAGCAGCAGCUGCAAGCUCAGCAACAGCAACAGGGUACUCAGAUUCUUAAUCCAAAUAGUCACCAUCACUUGCAGCAUCAAAUGAAUCAGCAAAGACAACAACAGGUACAGGAACAGCAGCAACGGCAACAAAUUCAGGAACAGCAAAGACAACAAGACCAACAUAGACAACAGGCACAGGAUCAACAAAGACAACAACAGCAAAUUCAGGAGCAACAGAGGCAGCAGCAACACCAGCUACAAUUGCAUCAGCAGUUGCAACAACAGACAUCCCAAAAGUUAGCACAGCAGCAACAAUUAAGACAACAGCCACAAACAGCAGGAGUAACACACCCAGUAAAGCAACAACCUGCACAGCAGCGAGAAUCAGGUGGAGAAAUGAGUGGCCUUAAACUUUCUCCAAGGAAAAAAUGGGGAGCACCACCCACUGGUCCAAUGGUGUUGGCAGGCCAGCCUGAGCCUGUCCUACCAUCAUCAUUGUCUGCCCAGGACACACUUGUAGUGCAUAAUUCAGGUCAGACAAAGACAGUAGAAACUUGUGCAGACUCCCUGGUGGCACACGAUACAGGUCAGACAAAACCACGAGAUGCAAUGUCUGAGUCCUUCGCAGUUCGUACCACUGCUCACAUGAGGACACAAGAAAAUAUUGGUGAUUCUCACAUUUUGCGUGAGACAGGGCAGAUGUCAACAUGGGAGGCCGUUGGGACUGGUGAGCCAGUGAAAAAUAUAGAAAACAUUCCCGGAACAAGUUCAGCAAAGGAGUCAACUCCAGAUGUUCUGAGAGGAGCAUCACACUCAAGAUCAGGGCCAAAAGAUCCUCGGGUAUGUAAAUUAUAUAAUAAUUCUGUUUUUGAGCUUUUAUGCUGAAACAACGUAAUCCAU